AUGCUUAAAGUUAUGGGUGGUAGUGGUGGCGGUACUGUUGAUGGUGCCAUCUUAAUUGUUUUGGAUAAAGUUAUUCAUAAGUUGGUCGAAUGGGAAAAAAUUGGACUAUUUAUAAGAUUAGUUAUAUUACAUCCCAGAGUCGACAGUGUAAAAGUUAAAUCCUAA